UCCCUGCCCCCUAGCACAGUAGCCAAGGGUUCUCCAGCCCCACUUUCCUUUCCUUUAACACACACCUCCGAAUUGGCCCACGGCAGCCCCCAGCUUGCCUUUCUCUGCAUGCCCACUCCAGGAGUUGCUGCCCAUCUGGAUGCACUGGGCCCCCUCACCUCCCAUGUGCCCCUACUACCCUAUAUGUUCUACGUGGGGCUGUUCUUUGUCAACGUCCUGAUCCUGUAUUAUGCCUUCCUGAUGGAGUACAUCGUCCUUAAUGUGGGUUUGGUCUUCCUGCCUGAGGACAUGGACCAGGCACUGGUGGAUCUGGGGGUGCUCUCAGAUCCAGGAUCUGGGCUCUAUGACACUGACAGUGAGCUGGAUGUCUUCGAUGGCUACCUGGAGUAGGGGGAUGCUGGGGCUGGGGUCCCCCAGUCAGAGCCUUCCAUCUUCCCUCAGGCCCUGCAGAGGAAACCUUCAGGCCUAUCACAGCUUGUGCUUCCUGGGCCAGAAUGCCUGGGACAGGCUGAUACUGUGGGGGACACAGGAGUUGCCACCGAUGCUGUCUUCCCUUCUUCAAGGGGACCCAGGACAAUACCCUUCCUGGUCCUCAAAUCCU